AUGCCAGGUGGAGCCAAGCGGCCCGGCGGUGAUCGGACGACUCAUCCUGCGCUGGAGAGGGAACUACUGCAACCGCGCCCCGGCACAGCGUCCAGCGCCUGUCGCCUCUCCACCGUCGCCCGCCGCCAGCCCCGUUUCCUGUGCGACCCAGAGCGCGCCGCACCAGCAGCACCGGGUGCGACCACUGCGGCGCGGCAAGCCGCCCGAGGAGUCGUCGUCGUAGACGUCGUCGUCCUCGGGCGGCGCCAGCGGGCCGCGCCUGGUCGGGAGGGCGUCUGGGACGGCGGCGCGAGGCAGAAGACAGCAACAGACGGGCCCGGCGCCUGCGGUCGAGUCUGCAUGCGAGGCCAGCGCGCCUUCCAGCCCGGCUGCAUGGGGAAGCUGCAUCCGCGUCGCGCCUUCCCCCACGAUCCCCAUCCACUCCUCCCGCUGCCUCGUCGCUUGCCCGUAUUGACCAGCUCCUCCCAUGCCGCCAGCCGUUCGGCCAGCUGCUCCGACCUCUCCCGCUGCACAGAAUCAAUCGUCGGCACAGCCAACGCUGCACCCAGCCAGCACCUAGCCAGCACCCAGCCAGCACCCAGCCGGCGCCCAGCUUCCUCAUUCGCCCGCACCGCCGCAGAUAUGCACAUCACCCAGACGUUCACUUCUUCCCGACGGGUGACCGCACGGCACCCUGCUGCUCCCUGGCAACUGCACCCCCGUACCCGUGUCCCGCAUCCCCGAACCUGCCCGCCGCAUUGGGAGCGAGGGCUUCCAGCUGCUCGUGACGGCGCGCACGCAACGUCCUGGACAGCUGAUUUGCACCUCACCGAUGGAUAA